CAUUUUGUCAGCAGUCAACAGUGUUAACAGAAAACCGUCAAUCCCUGUCAUAAGAUGAAAUUCAUUGUAGCAGUGUUGUGUUUCGUUGUCGCAUAUGUGGCUGCAGCUCCUACUGAUAGUACUAGUAGUUCAGCGAUUUUCAAUGUGAUCCUUGGAGAUGAAGAGCAGACUAUCACCGUUAAUGAAGAAGAAAAUAUCGAAAUCUACCGCACUUCACAUUCCGAUGAUGCAAUUAUUAUCAAAGAUUUCAACAGAAGAUUAGAGGUAAUCGCGCCUAAAGGUGGUGAAAAAUGUUUCGUGAGACCAUUGCGUGCAAGUAAGAAUGUGGAACCAUCCAAAUUAAAAAGAAAUUUGGAAAAUGACACUGAACAGGUAUGUGAAAUUUAUCACAUGUUCUUACACAUCCCUUAA